AUGAGAAAUCACACGACAACAACCUUCAUUCUCCUGGGACUAACAGAUGAUCCACAAAUUCAGAGUCUACUUUUCAUUUUUUUGUUUUUUACCUACUUACUGAGUAUAUCUGGGAACAUGGCAAUUAUCUCACUCACACUAAUGAAUCCUCAUCUUAAAACACCAAUGUACUUUUUCCUACAAAAUUUUUCCUUCUUAGAAAUCUUUUUCACAUCAGCUUGUAUUCCUAGAUACUUGUACAACCUAUCAACAGGUGACAAGACUAUUACCUACUGCGCUUGUGCCAUUCAAGCAUUUUUUACCGAUCUCUUUGGAGUAACUGAGUUUUUUCUCCUGGCCACCAUGUCUUAUGACCGAUACGUGGCCAUCUGCAAACCCCUCCAUUACACCACCAUCAUGAGCAACAGAGCCUGCAGAAGACUCAUCCUCUGCUGUUGGAUAGCUGGCCUAUUGAUCAUACUCCCACCAUUUAGCCUUAGCCAAAAUCUGGAAUUCUGUGAUUCUAAUGUUAUUGAUAGCUUUCUUUGUGAUGUGUCUCCCUUCCUGAAAAUUUCAUGCUCAGACACGUGGGUCAUUGAGCAGAUGGUUAUAGGCUGUGCUGUGUUGACCUUUAUCACCACCCUUCUUUGUGUAGUUCUCUCCUAUAUAUGUAUAAUCAAGACCAUCAUAAGAUUCCCUUCUGCCCAGCAAAGGAAAAAAGCCUUUUCUACCUGUUCUUCCCACAUGAUUGUGGUCUCUAUCACCUAUGGCAGCUGCAUCUUCAUCUAUGUCAAGCCUUCAGCAAAGGACUCCGUGGCUAUUAAUAAGGGGGUGAUAGUCCUCACGACUUCCAUUGCUCCUAUGCUAAACCCCUUCAUCUACACCUUAAGGAAUAAGCAAGUAAAACAAGCUUUCAAUGACUCAGUCAAAAGAAUUGCCUUAUCUUCCAAAAAGUAA